AUGCCUAGGUCUUUCAUUGUUAAAUUGUUCAAAAGGUUUAGUCUUUUGAAAGUGUUGGAUUUUGAAGAUGGUCGUAUUGAUUAUCUUCCUGAUGAAGUGGGUGAUUUAUUCCACUUGAAGAACUUAAGUUUGAGAAGAACAAAAGUGAGUAUACUUCCAAAGUCAGUGGGUAGGCUACAUAAUCUACAAACACUAAAUGUUGUGGAAAGUGGAGUUCGUGAGCUACCAAUUGAAAUAUUCAAGCUUUAUAAGCUAAGGCAUAUUUUGGCUCAUUCUCAUGACUUUGAAAUUAAAAGUAGCUUUUAUUCUGUGAGAGGAGUAAAAGUACAUGAAGGGGUUGGAUGUUUAAACGAAUUGCAGACACUAGCAAGUAUUGAGGCAAAUCAUCAUGGGGUUGGUGUAUUUGAAGACCUUGGAAAGUUGAUUAAGUUAAGGAUGCUGGGCAUUUCAAACAUGACUGCAGAACGUGGGAGGGCUUUGUGUGACUCCAUUCAAAAUAUGGUCCACCUUAACAUUUUGCUUGUAGGCUCAAUCAGUGAAGAUGAGAUCAUAGACUUACAAUCAAUUUCAACACCACCUCCAUUUCUAGCACAUAUCUAUCUAAGGGGGAGAUUGGAGAGGGUGCCCAAUUGGAUUUCAGAGCUUCAGAAUCUUGUCACACUAGUGUUAUUUUUCUCAUCAUUAGAGGAGGAUCCACUGUCGAGUGUCCAGGCUUUGCCUAAUCUAAUCACCCUUUCUCUUAAUCAUGCUUAUGAUGGGGAGCAACUGCAUUUUGAGGAAGGUGGUUUUAAAAAGCUCAAGAAGCUCACACUCAGAGAGUUGAAAGGAUUAAAGAUGGUGGAUAUAGACAAUGGCUCACUGCCUGUUCUUGAGGAGCUAGCUAUUGGGCCAUGCCCGCAGAUGGAGGAGGUGCCCUCUGGAUUCCUACAGCUGAAAAGUCUAAAGAUUCUCGACUUCUAUGAAAUGCAUAGAGAAUUUGUGCUACGUAUGCAGCCAGAUGGAGGCGAAGAUUAUUGGAAAGUUAAGAAGGUAACUACUAUCCGUCUCAGGUAUAGGAUUAAAGGAGAAAAAUAUCAAAUAUACAAGCUUAAUGACUCAGACUUGUCGGAGCGUCUACAAGGGUGA